AUUUGGCAAAACAAACUCUAGUAAAGGGGAAGUGUUUUCCUCCAUUCAUUAUACGCUCUUGGCAUCCUUGCUUUAUGCUUUUGUUUUAUUUUGUUUGUUUCCUACAUGAACGGUGAAUAUUUCAACUUCUUUUUUUUUUUUGUAGUGUGGUAUAUCAUGUUUGACUAUUAGUUUAACUUGUUAGAAGGCAUAUAAUGGGUGAACAAUUGGGGCUGCUAAAAGUCAUUGUUGUGCAAGGGAAAAGGUUGGUGAUCCGGGAUUUCAAGACCAGUGAUCCUUAUGUUGUGCUCAAGCUAGGGAAUCAGACCAAGGUAAUUAAUAGCUGCUUGAAUCCUAUUUGGAAUGAGGAGCUGAAUUUCACUCUGACAAAACCCUUGGGAGUUUCGAAUUUGGUCCUUCAAAGAAAGACCGAAGAAGCUGCAAUGGCCACCAAGAGGUUAAAGGAGUUGUUAGAAGCUCAUAAAUCUUCUAGCGAGACACUUCAGCUACCUUGAAGCCAAAGAAUCCUUGGUAAAGAACUUCAAUGCAUCUAGUGCAACACUGGUAGAGGAUGAAACUAGGAAGUUAUCUGCCAAGGUACAAGACUUCCUUUUGCACAACUGCUGUCUCCUAUCCAAUGUUUCAUAUACUGCCAAACACAUUGAGGUAACAUACUCUAACAUUCCUUAGGCAUAUCUAUGUCCUAGUAUCUCAUCUGUAAAUAUUUGGCAGUUUUCAUUGAUAAUGCCACCUCUUUCAGCUGUUGUAAAUGAAAAUGAGAUUUAGCUAAUGCUAUGUACUAAUAUUAAUAUGUUGUACUGAAAUGAAUCGAUAUUAACAUCAACAGCAAUACAAGAUGGAUUUGUUGUUUGGCUAUUUCAAAUCACCCAGCUGUUCUAGAGAACAAAAACAUAAAACCCUUUAUACAUAGAAAUUAGAAACAGUUAAACCCUAGAAAAGAAAGAAAGAUGAAAAUAAAAAUCGAUCCAUCUUCUUGUCUUGUUGAUUACUUCAUUUUCAACUUCUUGAAAUCCAUGGCAAUGCAAGGGAUUCUUCAUAUUCCAGCACAUAUAUGAACAUUCAUCUCCUAAAACUCCAAGCUGAUACAGAAAACAAUGGUCUGUCACUCCAGCAGACAAGUAAACAAUCAUUCUCUUCUCGAAAUUUGUAUUUAUUACUAUAUCUCUGCAACAGAUUCUUUGCUUCUAACCUCCCAUUGUAGCUCAAAGGUACCUUUUCAAAACCAGCCAUUUCAAGUCUUCGAAUCCAUUUCUCGAGUUUCUCAUGUCUCUCCUUUCUAUCAACACCCUCACAAGCAAUGAUGUUCUUUAUCUGCUCUCCAAGAAGCUUGCUCUCAAGUUUUUGCCUCUCUACUGAUGUUUUCAUAACAGUAGAGUCCAAGCAGUCAAACAAUGCACUGUAAAAGUACAAUGCUCUAUCAACUCUCUCCAUCAAAUUGGAACCAUUCAGAUUUGAUUCUUGUUCAGUAAUCACUACUAGUUUUGGUUGAAGUUUUCUAAUAGCAUUGAGAAAGAUCCCCAUCUUAGGUGAGGCACCCAAGGAAAGCGGUGACAAAGCAGAAUCAGGACUCAAGGUAUAUGCAUUGAUCAUAUCUCUCUCAAGCCACUCUGCAAAAGUCCUUUGACCCAUAUGCAGUGCUCUCUGCACAUUCAUAGAUGCUGCCGCAGCCGGUGAGAUCCUCCCUGCCAUAUCAUCAUCAGUGGCAAGAAGAGAAUGCAGCUGAAGAACAGAAGUGAUUGCAAGAGCAUCUCCUAUCUUUACAGGCAACUUCUCAAAGUCAACAUCUUCCAGUUUGCUAACAACAGGAUAGAACUGCAAAGGAAAAUCCAAUUUCCCAGCUUCAGUUGUCAAAUGAAAGUUCAUUUGGUCUAAUACUUCUUUCUUCUCGUGAAUUCCUGUAAUUUUCAGAUGGGGUGGACCUCCCUGACGGUUUUUGAAAGUUAGUAGAAGAUCUAUCCAUUGAGUUGGCUCACAACAGUGAAGAUCAACAAUGUGAACCACCUUUUCGCACUCCAUGGCCUCA